AUGGCAAAAACAAGAAUUAGAGCAGAGAUUGAUUUGAGAAGAAUGGACGAGCAGCUUGAAAGACAUUUAGAUCGAGUGUUUAACAAUCAUAAGUGCUGUGAAAGUGAAGAACCAAAAGUCCAAGUAAUCAAGAAAGAAGAAUGGGAAUUGGACUGCCAAAAAAUUAAGGUAAAGAAUCUUAUUGGUCAAGGGGCAUAUGGAUCAGUUUACAAAGGAGUUUACAAUGGAAAAGAAGUCGCAGUUAAAAUACUUGAUUUGAGAGAUGAAGAUAGAAGAGCUAUAGUAACAAAGGCUUUUACACAAGAAGUUUCUAUAUGGUACAACCUAAGUCACCCAAAUAUUGCUAAGUUAAUCGGAGCUUCGAAAAACAACGUACCCGAAAUUAAACUCAAAUCUGAAAAUAGCCAAUGUCGUCCUCGUCCUACGAAAGAUGGAUAUUGUAUUGUGGUAGAAUUUGUUCCUAGAGGCACACUCAAAUCCUACCUCAUUAAAAACCACAUCAAGAAGUUACCGUUACAUACUGUAAUUAAACUAGCAUUAGAUGUUGCAAAAGGGUUGAGUUAUCUUCACUCACAAAAAAUUGUUCAUAGAGAUGUGAAGACUGAGAAUUUACUUCUUGACAAUGAAGGAAGAGUGAAAAUAAUAGACUUUGGAGUUUCUAGAGUAGAGGCUUCUUGUCCUAUUGAUAUGACAGGCCAAAAUGGGACUAUGGGAUAUAUGGCUCCUGAAGUUCUUGCUUGUUUGCCAUAUGAUCAUAAAUGUGAUGUUUAUAGUUUUGGAAUUUGUUUGUGGGAAAUAUACAGUUGUUCAAUGCCAUAUCCUGAACAAAUUCCCCUUUCUAAAACUUCUCCUGAUGUUUACAAAAGUCGAAGGCCUGAAAUACCAAAAUCUUGUCCAAGUGUUUUGGCUGAUAUAAUGAAGAAAUGUUGGGAUGCAAACCCUAAAAGGAGACCAGAGAUGCAUGAGGUGGUUAUGAUGUUGGAAGCAAUUGACAUAUCUGAAUUAGCUACAGAAAAUCAGUUUCAGGGUUGUUUUUGCUUGAUAGGACGAAAAGGAUUAUAA